UGCCUGAGAGGCCUUGCGGGAUUUCAAGGGUGACUUGACUUCGCCCGAUCCUGCUCGGCUGGAUGGGGUUUCAUGGCCUUCUCUAUGUUGGGAGGCGCGAUGUCUGGGUGUGGAGGUGAUGAGCCAGGGGUUCUGUGGUACUCCGGCGCUGCUCAGGGCGACCUGCAUAGGGGCCUGCGGGACAGGCCCGCUUUCUGUCAAAAUGGCGGUGCCCAGCGUACAGGGGUGUCUCUUCAGUUGGGGUUUAAGAUUCUUGCCCUGAGAGCGAACUAGCCUGCCACGCUUCCGAUUUUGAAACACUUGGGUCUGGGUUUCCCGGGAGAGCGGUGGGAACCUCCAUACUGUUUUCCACAGUGCUGUACCAUUUUACAUUCCCACCAGCAGAGCACAGGGGUUCCAGUUUCUUCACACAGGAGAACCCGUGAGAAGUUUCUGCAAUGGUGGGCUCAGCUCUCAGGAGAGGUUCUCAUGCAUAUGUCUACCUGGUGAGUAAGGCCGGUCACAUCUCCAGAGGCCAUCAGCAUCAGGCCUGGCACUCAAGGCCUGCUGCAGUAGAGUGUGUUGCCCAAAGAGCCCCAGGCAGUGUGGUGGAGCUGCUGGGCAAAUCCUACCCUCAGGACGACCACAGCAACCUCACCCAGAAGGUCCUCGCCAGGGUUGGCAGGAACCUGCACAACCAGCAGCAUCACCCUCUGUGGCUGAUCAAGGAGCGGGUGAAGGACCACUUCUACAAACAGUAUGUGGGCCGCUCUGGGACCCCGUUGUUCUCUGUCCACGACAACCUUUCCCCAGUGGUCACGACCUGGCAGAACUUUGACAGCCUGCUCAUCCCAGCUGAGCACCCCAGCAGGAAGAAGGGGGACAACUAUUACCUGAAUCGGACUCACAUGCUGAGAGCGCACACAUCUGCACACCAGUGGGACUUGCUGCACGCAGGGCUGGAUGCCUUCCUGGUGGUGGGUGAUGUCUACAGGCGUGACCAGAUUGACUCCCAGCACUACCCUGUUUUCCACCAGCUGGAGGCUGUGCGGCUCUUCUCCAAGCAUGAGUUAUUUGCUGGUAUAGAGGAUGGAGAAAGCCUGCAGCUCUUUGAACAAAGUUCUCGCUCUACACAUAAACAAGAGACUCACACCAUGGAGGCCAUGAAGCUUGUAGAGUUUGAUCUUAAGCAAACGCUUACCAGGCUCAUGACACAUCUUUUUGGAGAUGGGCUGGAGAUAAGAUGGGUAGACUGCUACUUUCCUUUUACGCAUCCUUCCUUUGAGAUGGAGAUCAACUUCCGUGGAGAAUGGCUGGAAGUUCUUGGCUGUGGGGUGAUGGAGCAACGACUGGUCAAUUCAGCUGGUGCUCAAGACAGAAUUGGCUGGGCUUUUGGCCUAGGAUUAGAAAGGCUAGCCAUGAUUCUCUACGACAUCCAUGAUAUCCGUCUCUUCUGGAGUGAGGACGAGCGUUUCCUGAAGCAGUUCCGUGUAGCUAACAUUAAUCAGAAGGUGAAGUUUCAGCCUCUUAGCAAAUAUCCUGCUCUGAUAAAUGAUAUUUCAUUCUGGUUGCCCUCUGAGACUUACACAGAGAAUGAUUUCUAUGACUUAGUCCGAACGAUUGGAGGAGACCUGGUGGAAAAGGUUGAUCUCAUAGACAAGUUUGAACAUCCAAAAUUGCCUGUCCAGCAAUGCACAUGGGAUGCAGUUUUUGAAGUUCUGCUGUGAUGAUGGAACGAGCAUUUCUAAUGCAUUUCUCUGUUAUAGCAGCUGCCACAUUGCAUGGUAUUUAUAUGUCUUUUCAUCGUUGCACUGGGUUAUUGUUAAGUACUGGGUCUUUAGCUUUCCACUAUAUUUGAUAUAUAGAAUAGAGUAAGUACUCAAUACAUAUUUUUGAUGAAUUAAUGAUAAAUAGAAAGAAAUUCCAGCAACAACGUAUGUUGUAUUAUUUUUUCUCCAUAUGUAACUGACCUAACUUGCUAUACAGGCCACAACUUAACCUCAGUUGACAGUGUUUUCCAGCUAGGUGACCAGAACUGUUUACUGUCCAUUAUGAUGAUUUCUUAAAAGGGAGAAACUGACUGGGCUGGAGAAUACUCCUGAGAAACAGAACUUGGGUUUACAGGAAGUUGGGUUCUAAGUAAACCACCAAUUUAAAAAUAAUUUGGUUCAGGCCAAAUAUUCAGAUAGGGAAAAAGAAGGAAAGCAAAAAACAAAUGAGCUUUUGACAAGGUUGAUCAUAUCCUAUACAAAAUAUUGUUUAAAACUCUUCAGCUUCCAGGAUCAGAAAACCGUAGGAAAUAUGUAAAUUAUUCACGGUUACCUGGGAAACCCUUUCUGAUAGGAAGGGGGGAAAUCACAGGGUUGGAUAGAAAUUCAAGGAGUCAAAUUGUAAUAUGUUUGUGUUUAUGUUUGCUUGUUUGUUUGCCACAGAGGAGGAGUAGGGAAAAUUUCUGAAGGAAGGUAACAUGAAAGGAAGAAUAAAGCUUGUCUGUACAGGGAAGGCCGAGAAACUUUAGGUCUCUUGAAGGUGUAAUUUCCAAACCAUGUGUCCCUAGGCCAUCCUGUUUAGAGUGCUAACAAUAGUGGACCUCUCACCUGGGCUGUCAGAACCCCUUUCUAGAAGCGGCUUCCUCCCCCAACGCAUGAUCAGUAAGGGAUUCUCCGUGUUGGCAGAGUGGGACUCCAUGCCCAUGGACACAUCUGAGGAUGGGCACCCAGCAAAGCUGGGCAGGCAAGGCCUCUUCUUUAUAAUAUUUGGACAGAAAAGCAAAGGGAGCUUUGCUUUUCUGGAGGUUACUCCUCCAGCAGCUGAAGCUGUGAGUACCUAGGAACCAUACCUGGCCAUCAAGGGGAGAAUGUGGCGAACAGAGAUGAGAGAUGGAGGGAAAGCGCUGGUGUGCCUGAGUCCCUGGUUCCCUGGUGUCCUGGUGCCCAGCUGCAUGCUGCCCUCCCCACAGCUUGGUUAUCCAGUCCUUCCUUAGAUUCCCUGAGCCAGUGUUAAUUCUCCUGUUGUUUAAGCUGGUUUGAUGUGCAUUGCCAUCACCUGAGAUCAAGUGAGUUCUCAAACACAGGCAAUUGCAGACUUCAGGCACUGGAAGAGGGCAAGAAGGAAAAGCUAAGAGGGUAAAGUAAUCAACUUCCUUGUGAGAGAACUCUGGAGCACCACAGGGUUGAGGCUGAGGUGGCCAUUUCAGUAUGAAUUGAAACUGGUUCUUUUCCCUAUAGCUAGAACAGCUAAAAAUGUUCAGAUUGUCACACAUCCACCCGCUCCAGGGAACCUGAGAUGACCCAUAAAUGGGUUAAACACUUACCAGGGGCAAGGCAUUAUGCCAUCUGUGAUAUUUAUGGUCUGAGAUAUAAAAAUAACUUUUAAAAAAAUGAGUGCUUUUCCUCAAGGAGCUCACAGUCUGAUAGAAGGUAUCACACAGAUACAUGUGAUUCAUUGUGAAAAAAUAUCUUAAAUGAGAGACACGCCACCAUGAUUUCAAACAGGGGCAGUACCUUCCUUUGUCUUCAAUACUCAAGAAAUGUUUCAGAUUGUGGUUCAGCUGAAUCUUGAAAGCGAAUAGGAAUGGAUAUGGAAGGGGCCAAGAAAUUUCAGCAGAAUAUAUAUGGCUGUCUUUAUACAUGCCGCCCAUGUAGAAAUGUGAGAGUGGAUUAGCAUGAGCAGCAUAAUAGGGAGGAUGGGAGAGUUGGGGAAAUGAGGCUGCAGAGAUGAGGGGCUAGAUCCUAAAGACCUGCAUUCCCUUAUGAAAAUGUGUGCUUUCCUGGUAGACAAUGUGGAGAGUCAUUAAAUAAUUCUUCUAUGUACAGUUUUUAAAUGAUUAUCUAUCUUACCUAUGUUGGCCAAGAGUAAGGUUGGUGGUUGGAAAACAGGCCAAGGAAAAUCUUAAUAUAGUCUGAGUGAGAGAAGAUAAGAGUAUGGGCUGAGAAAGUAGCAGGGGCUAUGUGGGGAGAACCUGAUAAUAAUAAUAAUAAUACAGGCACUCAAAUCUGUGGGAAAGGGGACCAAUUCAAAGGAGAGACCGUGGGGAUGAAGAAACCACAUCGCUUUCAGCGUCCUGACCUGUGUGGCUGAGAGGUUGGUGGUUGGAAUUGAGAUGAGGAUUAAGUAGGGGCAGCAGUGCUUUAGGAGAGAAGAUGAUUUGGUGACUUUUGGACUUCCUGAGUUUGAGGCGGGACACGGGGGAAUGUUACCCCAAGAGCCCAGGAGAGAGAGGCCAGGAUUGGAAUGUGUACUGCUCUUGAUCACUGGAGCUCCAGACAUGACCUAAAUGCCUGGUCGGGGACACGAAGGUUUAAAGGAUAGUGGAGAGAGUGAGUGAGGAACUAAGACUGGGGAACCGAGAGGUGGAAGUCAAAGAACAGAGGCUGGGAAUGAAAGCCUUUGGAAGGUACAGUCUCUUGCAGGAGCGAGACGAUGUCGUCAGAAAACAGGCACAGACCCACAUGGAUUUGACAGUGAGGAGUCUUCUAGUAGUUAGUUCAAUGAUAGAAAAUACUUUGGCUGAUCAUGUUUCUUUAAAUAUCCCCCCUGUUGUGCCUUUAAUUAUGUUUAUUCCACAAAUGUUCAUGAUUAGAGAAUACUUGAUUUGAUGGAUUUAUGUAAAGGGUUGGUAUCUCAUGGAGCAAGCAAAACAUCCUGAUUCUGGAAACCAGACCAGCCUCUUCAUAGUUAAGCAUCUGGUAAUAGUUAUUUGGAAUAAUACUGCAGGGAAGUUUCAUGUUGCUGUCAUUUACACGUUCUGAUUUUCCAUCCUCCUAUAGUUCACUUGAAGGUUGGAAUAAGAUGGCUGAAAGCUCUCCUGUCGGCCCUCUCUGAGAAGGAAAAAUUACACAGAUGUGAUGAUUGGCUGUCAGAGUUCCCCAGCACUGGGGUGGCCCACUUAAGACAAACCAUAUUAAAUUCACUUUAUCAAGUAGAGCCAAUGUGUCUAACUUAAGAAAGGAUAUAGCAUACAAAUUAAGACUUGAAAAUAUGAAUGGAAUCUGUGCGAUGCUUUGAUCAGCAUUUCUUAAUAUGGCAUAUGGGGGAAGAAGACUUCUUAAAGUUACAUUUACUUCCCUUCUCUUUUUUAGGGCAGGGGAAUCUGUUCACCUGCUACACAGAGUUGUCUCCUCCAAAGGAGAAACCUACUCUUUGGGAACCAAAGUACAAUACAAUGAAAACUAUGUAUUUUGAGAUUAGACCUGACCUCCACUCACCUCACAAACUAAAAACAGCCUCCCCAAAAUAAGAGAAAGAAAGCUGGGAAAGGAAGGUGUGAGGAACAUAUUGCUGUGAAAACAGAUAAGAGUUGAUUAUAUUUAGAAUUUUUUUUUAACCCAGAUUGAAUCAAUGAAUACCUAUGCAUUGAACGUCUUGGUUUUGGGAUUCCUACUGCAGGAGAAUCUAUUUAAACCCGAAUACCAAAUAAAUUUCUAUCAUGUCUGAUACAGGAAUAAAUCUAGCAAUAUUAAACAGAUCAAAUUCUCAAGAAGACUAGUCUGAAUGGAAGCUAUUCUUAGCAAAGUUUAAGUAAAGGAGAUCAAUAUAGAUAUUCAAGAUGGAAAAAUCCUAGUAGUUAAUAGAAAACCAAAAUUCAAGGUUCCUCUAACCUUCAAAGCAGAGCUGUUUCAACUGCUUCUCGAGAAACAAAUGUAUCUCAGAGAGUUUAGCCAGGGCCCUCUGAGGCAGGGUGCACUCCUGCAUCCUGUUUGUGUGGAGUCCUUCUUCCACGGCUGGAAUUGUGUAUGAUCUUGGAUACCACUCUGCCUACAGGCAGCUUCACUCGGCCAGUGUCUAGACCAAGUGGAAAUCUAAAAUUGAACCCUGUAACAUGUGACCAGAUUUACGCAUUUUACAUACUGUAAUUACACUGUUUAGCUAUUUUAAAUAAUAUUUGUACUUAAGUUGCAUGCUCCAUGCAAUAAAAGGAGAAUUUUUUUCCUUCUAGCCCAAACUAUAAUGUAAAAAUGUCAAGGCAGUUAUUAUACUCAUAAUUGCAAUUUUGUUUAAUUAAAAUGGUAUUCAACUGUUCUGACACAUUUUUAAGCAAUUGUGAAAAAUAGCUGUUAUGAUCAGUUAGUUUGCUUCCUUGAGUGGCUAAUACUUUUGUUAGAUGAUGAUUUAGUUCUUUUCAUCAGUAAAUAUGAAAAUUAAAGUUAGAUAAAACAAGCCAUAAUUUCGAAGUUUGUAUUGGUUUAUCAGUUGGGCUUUUGAAUUAUGUUUUAAAAAUCACUUUUUCACUGUAUGCCCUAAUAAAAAUGCAGAAACUGUACCUGUUAAAAUAUCCCACAGGUGUAUUCUGUGGAAAAAUAUAUCCAAAAAAAAGUCAUAGCAGAUGUCAGGAGGAGAAUCUCUUCACAGGCGGGACUUGCUCUAUUUGCAUUUCACCUCUGAAUCCAGGGUGUCGGAUUCAAGGGUGUGCUACAAAUGUAUUUAAAAUUGUUCUCCAUUCAGCUGCUGACACUCUAGAAGGGCCAUUCCAAACUUUUUCUGGUGAGGUGGGAAGGAUGUUCUUUUUUCUUUUUUUAAAAUGAGGUGAAAUUCAUAUGACAUCAAGUUAGCCAGUUUCAAGAGAGCAAUUCAGUGGUACUUAGUGUAACUACCACCACUAUCUAAUUACAAAAUUUUUUCAGGGCGGGCGCAGUGGCUCAUGCUGUAAUCCCAGCAGUUUGGGAGGCUGAGGUGGGUGGAUCACAAGGUCAGGAGUUCGAGACCAGCCUGGCCAACAUGGAGAAACCCCGUCUCUACUAAAGAUACAAAGAAUUAGCUGGGCGUGGUGGCAGGCACCUGUAAUCCCAGCUACUCAGGAGGCUGAGACAGGAGAAUCGCUUGAACUAGGGAGGAGGAGGUUGCAGUGAGCCAAGGUUGCCCCACUGCACUCCUGGGCAACACAGAGAGACUCCAUCUCAAAAAAAAAAAAAAAAAUCUAAUUGCCCUGACGAAGCCCCAUAUUGAUCUAGCCUUCCUUUCCUUCGUUCCUUCUUCCCCCUUUUUCUUUCUUACCAUCCUAACGGGUGUGAAGUGGUUGUCUCAUUGUAGUUUCAGUCUGCAUUUCUCUGAUGACUAACUGACGUUGAACAUUGUUCAUGUGCUUUUUGGCCGUUUCUGUACUCCUUCUGAGAAACAUCCAUUGAAGUGCUUUGCCCACUUUUCAGUUGAGUUCCCUUUUUUGUUGUUGUUCUUUUCAGCUGUAAGACUUCUUAAUAUAUUCUGAACACCGGACCUUAUCACUCUAAAGUUUUUAUUACCUCUUAACCUACUGAAGGUGAAGAAUUCUUUCCUUCCUUUGUCCUUCCAUCUUUUCUUCUUUUUUCUUUCCUUUCUUUGCUUUUUAUAUACUGAAAGUAUUGGAUUUUGUUGUUAGAAAUAAUGGGGUUUUAUUUUAGAAAAGAAAGGUAUAAGGAAUAAAGUUAAACUCCUCGUAAUUCUACCACCAGACGGUUUGUUUUGUUUGUCUUGUUUUAGAGACAAGAUCUUGCUAUGUUGCCCAGGCUGGACUUGAACUCCUGGGCUCAAGCAAUUCUCCUACCUGGACUGCAGGCACAUGCCACCAUGCCUAGCUUACCAGGGAUAAUUUUUAUAUCCCUUUUCCAGUCUUUUUAAAAAGCGUAUAGGAAUAACUUGCAUACAUAUAUACAAGAAAAUUCUGUAUAUAUAUAUAUAUGAGAAAAUUCUGCCAUUGUCACAUACUGUUUUAAUGUUUUAGUCUUUUUUUACAUGGCAAAAUUACAGUUAUUUGCAUCUAUCAGAGCAUUUGCUGUGACUGGCAAAACAAAAUAGUUCCGUAUCUUUGCUAAUCAUUUAUAUUCCUUUCUUCAUUGUUCAACUCUUUUCUUUUGCCUACUUUUUCUGUUGCAGUUUUAUCAACAAUAAAAAUCUCUCCUAUCAAUGACUAGCUAAUUAUGUACCCUGAAUACUAGUCCAGAUUAUCUCAUAUUACAAACUUCUGAGGUUGUGAUCUGCCUGUCCUUCAUCAUAUAUGGGGCAUAAAGUUAUUUUAUACUUUUUGUUUUGUCAUAUCCAACUUUUUUCAUUGAUUUUUAUCAAUUGCUUUUCCAAGUAAAAAGUUAUUAUCCGUCAAAAGAUCAUAUAUAUAUUUACUUACAUUUUCUCUUGUUUAUUAUAAACAUUUUUUUCUAGUUCCAUCUGGUAUCAUGAGAUGAGAGGCUCAAACUUUUAUUUUUCUAAACAGUUAACCAGGUUUCCUGAUACCAUUUAUAGGAUAGAUAAUUUACAAUAAGUGACUCUUUUACAAAAGACCCACAACCAAUGAUUUUGCUCACUUUUUAAAAUUUUAUUUUUGAGACAGGGUCUUGCUCUGUCAUCCAGGCUGGAUCACAGUUCACUGCAGCCUCGAUCUUCUGGGCUCAAGCGAGCCUCCUGUCUUAGCCUCCUGAGUAGCUGGGACCACAGGUGUGUUCCACCAUGCCCAGCUAAUUUUUUUUUUUUUUUUUUUUGUAGAGAUGAGGUAUUGCGAUGUUGCCCAGGCUUGAGAGCCCAGGCUGGUCUCAAACUCCUGGGCUCAAGCUCCCCUCCCACCUUCACCUCCCAGAGAUGUGAGCGGCAAUGGCAGGCCUUGCUCAGUUUUUAACACAGUACUUUAGGUACCAGCUGUAUCUGAAGCAGUUCAUUUGUGGUUUGGUUUACUUGCGCUCCUAUUCUUACCAAAAGAUAGCCUUACUCUCAUUUCAGGCCAGAGUAGCCCAUGUGGCAAUCCCCAGUCCCUUUUUGGAGGCCACAUUGUAGUCCGAAGUAACUGGAAUGCAAAGCCUCUGUGUGCCCUUGGACCCAGCUAAAUCAUUCCACAGUUGGAUUGACCAGUUUCCUGAGCUUUCAUCAAGAUUUCUGGAGUUCAGUUGUCCUGCAGUCACUAUACAAAGUCGGUUUUGUCACAUUCUUUCUUAUUUCUUAAUAUGUCCAGGAAGGAACAGAAUAUGAAGCCUUUGUAGGGUAGUGGCUACAGUGUGGGCUUUAGAGGCCACCCUGAGUGCAAGUUCUGGCUUUGUCACUUGUUGGCUGUGGAACUUCAAGCAAGUUACUUACCUCUCUAAGCCUCAACUUCUUAUCUUGAGGUUUAACAGUGAACCUGCCUUAGAAGGUUAUUUUGCAGUGCCUGGCACAUAAUAAAUGUCCAGUAGGUGUUAACUACUAUUGUUGAUGGUGCUGGUUAUAUGCUAAUGGUGGGUUUCUUCUGGGAGAAACUUAUUGUAUUUAAGUAUAAGCAUUAAAUACAAACCAAGAACAGCCAAGCUUCUAAUUAGCAAACUUUGUGUUUUAAGCCCAUACUCAAAAUAGGCACUCAGUUGCUGAUAAUAAUUUACUCCAAACAAUAAAAUUACUUUCUUAAGAUCUAAUUGUUUUGGAUAGAAAAAAAGAGGAAAAAAGAAUAAAGCAGGCUGAGGGUGUGACAAGCUGGGAAUAAAAGUAUGGUGGGGUUUUAAGAUCUGAAAAAGAAAUUUUUUUAACACCUUAAGGAAAGAGUUGCAAUAUACUUUUGUUUCUUUUUUUAUGCACAGUAAGUGUUCUAGGAUGUAGGUAACACAUGCGCUGGUGGGGAAGUACCAUAGAGGAAACAGGAAGGACGCCCCAUGCAGAAAAUGGAAGAGUCAGAAGAUGCGCCCAGCCCCUCUGUGUGCAGGGCAGGGUUGGAUGAGACGUGCAGCCUGGCCAGGCCCUGCGUCUUUGUUUCUCCAGAUUUUAAUUCAGGCCUGAAGCCCACCCCAUGGAGUCUACAUGGCAAAGGGAGUCUGCAGAAGGCAUGUGGCACUUUGUAUUUGAAUUUGGGAUUCAGCGAGCUGCUGAUUUGAUAAUGGAAGUGAAUACCAAGCAGUCGCUGUCCGUGUUCAUGAAAUAAGGGAUAUCAGCUAUAGUUCUAAGGAUAUGACACUAUUUUGCCAUUAUCUAUUGGUAUUUUUUUAAAUGUUAUGGUAAAACAAUUUCCAAAACCUAUAAGCUACUAGGCAUCUGUUUUAAAAUAGCACUGCUAUACUCAUUCACAAAAAGCUGUGUGUUUCUCGUGGUGUAGCACUUUAAAGAAGUUUAAUAGGGUUUGUUUUUUUAAAUCAGCAUUUCUCUUCGGAGAUGGCUAAUGAGCAUUCCAAAAUUUAAAGUCCUAAAUGAAAUUAUAACACUGGAUACUGCUAACAAAAUGUGCAACACUCAAAAGGAAGACUAAAAGGAGAAAUCUCUGUGAAGCGCCCUUCGUGGGAUAGCAGGGUUGAGAAAAUUUGAUUACAGAACCUGAGCUUCUGCAGCAAAGGCCUGACACUGGACUGGUGACUGUCUGGGGUGUCCACCCAGCUCCCAGUGAUUCCCCCUUUGCUAGCAACUGCUCCUCCCUCCAAUCCAGAACCGUGGGCCCUGGCAGCCAUUUUGUGCAAUGGGGCAUCCUUUUACCCUCGAGUCUCAGCUGAUUGGGCCCAGACAGAUGCUUGACCCAUGAAGGAAUUUACAGUUGGUGAUGAUAGAGGUCGUCUUUCGUUCCACAGGUACUUUCCACAUUGUCUGUUUACCUUGAGCAGCAGCAAGGCAAAGAAUGGCAGUGUGCAGAGAGCAGAAGCAAGCUUCCCUCCAGAGGGAAGCAGAGAAGGGAGAGUCCAGAGGGCAUUCGAGUCCCCAUUUCUGUGCCUCACCUUGGUCUGCUACCUUCUGAAACAAGUUCCCUGCCUGUCAAGCCAGCAGGAGUGGCUUUCCACCACUUGCCCCCAGGAGUCCAGCAGAGGCACCCUGGGAGCACGGAGGUAUUCUGAUUCUGUCCCCUGACAGCCUCUUCAUUACCCUAAGUGUCCACCUCAAUCAAUGAGUUACUCUCCUAACCCACUUCACUGGCAGAAGCAGCUGGCAUGGCAGAGGGACCUCAGGUAAUGAGCAUAGCAUGCCCCAGGGCCUCACAGGGAGAAAGCCACUGCAGGCACCAGAUGGCAAGAAGUCCAUAGAAUAUUCUGGGAAGAAGCAAAGCUCUUUGUUUUCCAUAAACACUGUUGGUUAAAGGGAGCUUCAAGCAACUGCACAGGAAAAGACUGGGAUUCAGAGCCGAAGAGAUGCACACAGUCCUCCUGGCUUAAGUGGCAUGAGACACUCCUGCCUGCCUGCAGACUUGCAGAGAAAGAACCCAGAGGUGACGGGGAGCAUUCCAAUUGCCAAGUCAGGUAAGGCUCUCCAACCAUUCCUGGUGAGGAAGCCUUAGAUACCAAGAGCUUCAUCCUCCAUAUGUCACAUCUAGGUAGUUGUAUCUGAUGGCAUCUGGAUUAACUGGGUAAAAAUAAAAGCAAAGUUUUCUUGAGGACAAGGAUCACAGGCUCUAGCACCAUGCCAAGUCUUUUGCAUGCCUGGCAUCACUAAACCUUUCCCACACCUAUGAUGUGUGCAGUGUUCCUGGCUGCCUUUUAUUUUUGAGGCCAUGGAUAAAGAAGCUCGCUUAGGGAGCCACAGCCUAUAAGUGACAGAGACAGCAUCCCCCUCAGCAGUCAAAAUCCAGGACCGUAUUCUUACCAAAUUUCUAUAUUGCUUCCAGCAUAUUGAUUUAAUCACUUGUGAGCCUCUUUUUUCUUUUCAAAAAAACCCAACUUGAAGGUUUCUUUAUGAAUUUGCUGGGGCUGCAUAAUAAACACCACAGACUGUGGCUUAAACAGCAGAGAUUUAUUUCCUUACAGUCCUAGAGGCUGGAAGUCCAAGAUCAAGGUGUGGGCAGAGUUAAUUUCUCCUGAGGCCUCCCUCAUUGGCUGGUAGAUGGCAUCUUCUCACUGUAUCCUCACAUGAUCCCCACUCUGUAUGCGUCUGUGUCCUCCCCUUCUUCUAAGGACACCAGUCAGAUUGGAUUAGGCCACCCUAAUGACCUCUUAUCUCUUUAGAGACCCUGUCUGUCUUCCAAUAUAGCCAUGUUCAAGGUACUGGGGACUUUGAACAAGGUACAAGGUAUUAGGACUGCAACAUUUUGGGGGGAUGCAGUUCAGCCAUGACAAAUCCCUCCAGGGAUUUUUGUGGAUAGCUCUAAAUUUCAGUCCAUCUGAUGUCCAGGGUGGGUGACAAAAGCCAGGAGAGCCCUUUCGGAACAAUGACUUCUGCCUUAUACUGCGAGAUGGUGCCAUCCCGUCACUCUCUGAUUCUGCAUUCUAAUACAGUACUUUAAAGCAAUGAUAUGCUUUGCUCUCUUAAGUUACAAUGAAAGGAGCUACUACAGGCAUUGGAGGUUUGCAGAGAGAAUACAUAAGCUGUUAAGGGAGACUUAAAACCAUCCUGGGCUGGGCAUGGUAGAUCACACCUGUAAUCCCACCACCUUGGGAGGCCAAGGCAGGCAGAUCACCUGAGGUCAAGAGUUCGAGACCAACCUGGCCACCAUGGUGAAACCCCAUCUCUACUAAAAAUACAAAAAUUAGCCAAGCGUGGUGGCACAUGACUGUAGUCCCAGUUACUUGGGGGGCUGAGGCAAGAGAAUCACUUGAACCUGGGAGGCAGAGGCUGCAGUGAGCUAAGAUCACGCCACUGCCCUCCAGCAUGGGUGACAGAGUGAGACUCUGUCUCAAAAAAAAAAAAAAACCAUAUCUCAUUCUUCUGAGAGCAGGCUUCACUGAAAACUGAGGACUCUCUGGAGAGGGUGCCUGGCUAGCAUUCCAGGAAGCCUGUUCCCAUACCCCCUGCUCUGGCUAAACCAGUAUGGGCUCUGGGUUCUCGAUGGGGCCUCCCUCACUUGAACCUCCUGCUUCUGGUGACUGUGGAUGUCCAGUCUCCUCAGGAGAAAGAAUCUGAUCAGUCCAUAGAGUCACCACCAGGACAGGGACCUCCACUGGGCAGAGCUCAGGCCAAUCACAGCUGAAUCACCAGCACCCAGCCCUGGUGAUGAGGUCCAAGCUCAGCCUUAUACAGGGGUCUUGGAGGUGGCAGGCACUCUAAGACUGCCCGUAACAGCACUCAUAACUGACAGGCAACUUUUAUAGCCUGUCAACUACAAGAUAAAAUCUUUAUCUUAAAGAUACUUCUCUAAAAUGCAUGUACAGUGAAAUUGAUCGAUAUAGUAGAAAGAGACCUGUGUUCUAACCCCAGCUUCUCUCUCAUCUGGACAAGUUACUUAGCCUCUCUGAACCACUGAUGUAAUAACCCUACCUUAAAAGCAGUCUUAUAAGUCUAAAAUGAGUUGAAGUGCCUAAAUGUACAUCCACAUAUUUCAAAGCAAGGUACUGGAUUUUUCAUUUUGACGUGCUUCUUCAGCCUUUCUUCAGUGGCCAGCCUAUUCCCAGUGCCAGUGCCCAGUCACUCUGCCUUUGCAUUUCGGGUCCCAUCGUGGGAGUUACCGUUAACCAGAAGCCAUAUUGUUCUCACUGAUUAUUUGAAAUUUGCAUAUGAAAUGUUAGCAUGUUUACACCCUGUACUUAAAGAACUCCUAAAGAUAGGCACUCAUCUGGGAAUUAUGACAGAUAUCUUCAGAAUACCUUUAGGGAUUUUCAAGAAUAAGAAGUAGAUUUCUCUUGCUUAAGUAGAGGGGUGUGUUUCUCAUGGGGUCCUUUGCAAAACGCCCUGUGGGAAACUCUGGUGCCUAGGAAAGGCCAGAUUCUGUUGUAAACUGGGGAAUCAGACCUACCUUUCUGUUUUCUUCAAUCCACAAUUGUUCUUUAUUUGCAAAUGAGUCAGCUAGGAACAGUGCCAAAUGAGGCUCUAGAAGUGUAAGCCCUUGGAAAGGUGUUGUACUGUACUUACAAUCCUUCAUUGAUGAGCAGUGGCUAGCUACCACUGAAGAUGGGGUCAGUGCCUCUGAGCUGGGGUUCAUGUUGCUGCCCAUCAGGUCCUGGUGUGGGCUGGAACCCAGAGGUCUUUGACGUGCUAUAUUCCAAGCAUUAGUGCCCCAAGUGGGUCCCCUGCUUUUCCUCAGUUGUCUCUUUAGCAAAUUCUCAGCUCAUCUGGUGGGUUUUGGAAUAACGUUUUUUUAACUCAGUAUCCAUUUUGCCGCAUCUGUUCCAUUAUUGCACUGAGUUUUUAAAGGUUGUAUCUCCAAGAUAAUGUUUAAGUUUUGGGAAAGUGUGUGUCUUUCAAGUCCCUUUUUCCUUUAAUCAUUUGAGGACUCUUUUGUCAGGUGUGUGUGUGUGUGUGUAUACCUGAGAAAAUAUGCACAUGCACUCCUGGAUGCACACGUGUACACAUUUACUUGCACAUGCCAUUGAGUACCCGUUCGGUAUGAGGUACCAUAUUAUGUACUGGUGCUGUGGGAGGACCAUGGCUCAGAGCAUCUAACUUACAGGUCUAAGGUCUCAUAGCCAUUAAGCCAUCAUGGCAGGACUAAGGGAGAUGCAGCAGAUCUGCAUUGGCUUCAUAUCAUGGCGAACAACCAAGCUAAAUCUGCGAGUUGGCUGUGCUUACCCCUGGCUUCCUCUGAGUUGGAGCAUCUGAGUGUUACUCCUUCUAGGCCAGUAUAACAGACCAGAGGCCUGGCUUUCUCACAUAGUUACUGAUGAAGAAAAAGAAACAUUUUAUCUGGGGAAUGUGAGCAACCUCUAAAUUAUCAGGCCCAGAGAGGCAUGGGAAUGAGACAGCCGCCACAUCCUACUGCCCUCUUGAGCUAAUUAAUCAUCUCUUGAAGCUACCUACUAUGUGGCCACAGGUAGCCUAAAAUUAACCUAACAAUGCUGCACACCAGAUACCUGACCCGUACCAGAUAGUUCAAUCACAUAUAGCCAAUCACUAAUCAAUGCUAUUUCUGCAAACCAGUGAGAAUUCCUGACAAAUACCUUUACAUCACCCCACUCCUUGUCACUGUUCUUGUGUUUAAAAUCCUGCUUGUAGCAAAGGUCAAAUGGAAUUCAUAUCCAAGGUUACUUGGAUGUGAAUAUUCUAGGAAGCUGUUCUUAUCUUGGCCUCAGUAAACCCUCGUCCUAUUGAUUUUGCCUCAGUUUCUCCCUUUAGGUUGACAUGGCUAUGCUAAUGGCAAAGGUUUCAUGACAAAGCCCCCCAUGCCCUGCUCCCAGUGCAGGCUGGAGAAGAGGCCAGUUUGUCCUCCUGUGGGGAAGAGGAAUACUGUGAGAAUAGCAAAGAGCUCUUCCACAAUAUUGUCUUUAUUUUCAAAACACUCUUCACUUCCCUGGGUGUGCUUGCUCAAAGGGGUAUGCCAUAACAGGGCACCAAGAGGCAAGGGCACCAGUUGAUCCAGUUUGCCAGGUAUUUCCGGUGAAGCUCCACCCUACACUGCACUGUCCAUUUCACAGGUCCACAGUUUUUGGGGUGUUUUUUUUUUUUUUUUUUUGAGACAUAGUCUCAGGCUGGAGUUCAGUGGCACAAUCUUGGGUCACCGCAACCUCCACCUCCUGGGUUCAAUUGAUUCUCCUGCCUCAGCCUGCCAUGUAGCAGGCAUUACAGGUGCCCACCACUAUGUCCAGCUAAUUUUUGUAUUUUUAGUAGAGAUGGGGUUUUGCCAUGUUGGCCCAGCUGGUCUCAAACUCCUGACCUCAGGUGAUCCACCUGCUUCAGCCUCCCAAAGUGCUGGGAUUACAGGGGUGAGCCACCGUGCCUGGCCUCACAUGUCCACAGUUCUAAAGGAAAGCACCCAGGCGGCAUUCACUGGAUGCCAAGGGCAGGUCAUGAAACUCAGGAUUGACAUCAGCCCUGUGAGCUAAUAUAGAAGAUCUUUGCAUACCCCAAAUGGGUAUUGAUAAGUUACCAUACCAAGAGCAGGAUAUUGAAGAUAACCACGUAUCAAAGAUCUCAUACACAGAGGUCUCUGGGCAAACACCUCUAAGAUGCUUCUCAAGGCUACUUUAGAAAAGCGUUUGUGGUGCCCCUGUCCUCCAAGGUUGUUGUCCUUCAUCGUCACCAUACCUACACAUAGGUCCAUAGGAAAACUGCUAUUUGACACUUACUCCUUUUGUGUCCCUCUCACUAGACUGUUAACUCCUUGAGGGUAGGAAAUCUGUUGCUGUUAUCCAUGGUACUUCCCAUAAUGAUUGCACAAUUAGAAUAUUCGCUGAAUGAAUAAGAUCUCCUUAGCCAAGGAUUCAUACUGAUAUUACAUAGUGCAUACACACAUAUAUGUAUGUGUAUAUUUGUGUCUGUUUGUAUUAUAACACAUGCAUAUGUGUAUAUGUAUACACAUACAUAAUACAUAUUUUAGGCACCUGAAGCUUAUCGUUUGGGGAGGAAUGGGUUUAUUCCUCUAGAGCACUAUAAAUGCAGAAUGAUGGACUUAACGCUUGAGCCACAUUGAUCCAGGACGAUCCAUGGGAAGUGCUCUUCUGAGUACUGUAAAUCCCCGAUAUGACUUUUUUGUUAAGUUUCUUGUCUGUUGUUUAAGCUUUCUGAUUGCUUGGAUUAAGGACUGAUGAUAACUUACGCCAAGGUAAAAAUGUUACUAAAAAAAAUUGUAAUUUUAAAACCUUUUGGAAUGUCUUGAGUUAUUCUUUCUCCAUCUAAAGCAGCAAUUGAGACUUGGCAUCAGAGGAUACCCUGUCUUCCCCAUUGCAUGAGGAAUCCAACCAUCUCAGGAAGAAGAGUGGAAGAUGAUUUUUUAAAUGUCAAAAAAGGCCGGGUGCGGUGGCUCACCCCUAUAAUCCCAGCACUUUGGGAGGCCGAGGCAGGUGGAUCACAAGGUCAAGAGAUCAACACCAUCCUGGUCAACAAGGUGAAACCCCAUCUCUUCUAAAAAUACAAAAAUUAGCUGGGCAUGGUGGUGCACGCCUGUAGUCCCAGCUACUCGGGAGGCUGAGGCAGGAGAAUUGCGUGAACCCAGAAGGCGGAGGUUGCAGUGAGCCGAGAUCGUGCCAUUGCACUCCAGUCUGGGUAACAACAGCGAAACUCCGUCUCAAAAAAAUAAAAAAAUUAAAAAAAUAAAUGUCAAAAACAAAUUGAACUUCCUCCUGUGCAUCUCAACUCAGCUUCUGUUGCAGACCUUAGAUGCCUGCUUUCCAUUAUUCCAUAAGAGAAUAAUUUAUACAGCUGUAAACAGCUUAAAAGAAGGACACACUUGAAAUGCCUUGUGUGGUUUAGGUGCUCACUAUUUUAAGAGUACAGUUCCCUUUAGGGCAGGCACAGAAAGACAAGACCUGUGAGUAAACUCACUGGACUCAUCAAACCCCCACAGACCCUUUGAUGUUUUCGAAGAGCCCACUGGGUCCUGAUCCCCCAGCCCCUGGAGCCUCGAUGAAGUGUGUUCACGCUCACUGUGGUAGGGUCUGGCCCUGCAAUGCAGGACAUCUGGACACGAACACGGCCUCUUCCCAGAGAGAUGAGAUGGAAGAGAAUGACAUUAAGGGUUCAGAGCAUGAGCUUCAGGAAAAAACUGGAUUAGUAAUUUAAAGAAAUAUGUACCUGAGAUUACUUGAAUAAAUAGCUUCAUUCUAAAAACUCUUCUAACUCCCUUAGCAUCUAUCUUCACAUGCACAAAUUUUCUUUUAGAAAGAGGGAGUAAAUGUACGUGGGUGAGACAAAGAGCUGAAAUAAUAAUCCACCUUUGAUCAAAACUCCUUGUUAUAGUGUUCCCUGUGAAAACAAUUUCUAAUCAAUGAGCGCUGCCACAGCACGCUGAGGAGUAAUUACCUUACAUGUGUUUCACUCUGAGCUGUGAUUAGAAACAAGAUGUGGGCUCAGAAGGGCAGAAGACAAUUAUAAAGAGGAAAAACCUCAAAUAGGAGCCAAAAUGUGCAGGCUGUAGGAUAUUUAAUCAGCACAGAGGCCUGCUCCAGGUAGUGAUGCCGACAUUCGUUCAUUCACUAGGUAAAGAUUUCCUCUCUGUGCUAGAUAGGCGUCGGUGGUGGUAUUAGCAGCCAUGUAAAUGUAACUUAUCACAUGUUGCCCUUAUAUACAAAGAUAGGGCAACUGGCUGGCUCUCACUGAAGCAUGAGCUUGACUUCAGAGGUGCUCUGUGCCAGAGGUGGAUUUGGGUUGCUAAGGCUACACCUUCUGACCAGACUUCCCAGUGGUUGGGAGCCAAUUUCCAAGCACAAACUGCUUGGUCCAUAGUCUACCAGCCUGAGCAGUCAUUGUACCUGGUCUUCAUGAGACACCAAGGCCUGAAAAAGGGAAAAGAAGACUUGGAAUUUCUACCUGGAAAAAAAACUUGAAGAGGGGCUAGAGUCAAGUAUGUGGCAGGCUUAUUGAGAAGUCAAAGGCUACUUGGUCUCUGUAGAGAAGCUAGAAGAGGCCUUUGGCUGGACGGUGCUUGCUGGUGCAUUUACUAUACCAAUGAGAAAAAGAUUCCAAACUCUGACAAAUGUUGGAUGCAGGUGUAAUGAACACGUGUACACACUGACAAACAGACAUGCUCAUUGUGAUGGCCCUGCACCUGUGGGACACGCCCAGGAGCAGGAACAUCUUCAUUUGUCAUUAAGACAGCAGAUUCUGCCACAGCACCAUCACCACCUAGCCAUAGCACGGCCACCCUUGGCAGGUUCCUUCCCAUCUUGGAGAGGUACCAAUCAUGUUUAUUCGUUCAUUCAUUUGUUCAUUUGUUCUUUUCCUCCCUCCCUCCCUCCCUCCCUCCCUCCCUCCCUCCCUCCCUCCCUCCCUCCCUUCCUUCCUUCCUUCCUUCCUUCCUUUCCUCCCUCCCUUCGUCCAUCCUUCUUUCCUUCUUUCUCUCUCUCUUUCUUUUCCUUUUCCUUUUCUUUCCUCUCAGUAUCUCCCUCUGUCACCCAAUCUGGGUGGUACAAUCACAGCUCACUGCAGCCUUGACCUCCCUGGGCUCAGGUCAUCCUCCCAUGUCAGCCUCCCAAAUAGCUGAGACUAUAGGUGCUCACCACCAUGCCUGGCUAAUUUUGGGGGUUUUUUUUGCUUCGCAUUUUGUAGAGAUGGAGUUUCACCCUGUUGUUCAGACUGGUCUUGAACUCCUGAGCUCAAGCAAUCUGUCCACCUUGACCUCCCAAAGUGCUGGGAUUACAGGCGUGAGCCACUGGGCCCAGCCUGUUGUUGCCUUUUAACUCUUGUCUUCAGACAGCUGAAAGAAUGCCAGCAGAUUUAUUCGCAUGACCUUAAAAACAUACUCAGCAUCGUUAGCCCACCUUGGCCUCCUAGCAUGCUGGAAUUACAGGCAUGAGCCACCUCAAAAACAUUCUUGUUAGAUGAUAUGCCCCAGAGGAAAGCACGGACAUUCUGAAGUUUGACCUGCCUGUUCUAAACUAUCAUGGGCUGCUUACUUAUUUUGCCAUGUUCCUAAGGCUCAGCCUGCACUCCUACCCCUAGUAGGUAAUGAUCCAAUUUUUAAAAUUCUUACCCUCUGCAAAAUGAUUGAGAGAAACUAGAAUGAGUGGCAGGCUUAGUAGAGCAGUGGUUCUCUGGAUAUGUUUACAAAUGGGAAUAGCUGCUCACUCCGGAUCUUUGAAGACUCACCUAAACAUAACCUGGAAAAGAGACUGAGCAAACUCCCAGAGCCGAAUCAGCCCUUAUGAUUCUGAAGAAGUGAUACUCAGGAACAGAACAGUACCUCAUGAAACAGCUUUGUGUGAAAGGCCAGCUAACCAACUUGAAUGAGAAUAUUCUCCCCACUUUCAAGAAUGCUCAAGUUUUUCUGAGCAAAAAACAAAAAAACACUUCUCCUGCAAAGCUCCUACCCAUCAGUACAUAUUAGCCACCUUGGAAAUAAUAGACAAAAUGUCAGUCAUUCCUCCUCUGGUAUAAAAUUAGGCACUGGACAAGAGUGCAUUUACCUGCUUGCAGGCAGAAUUAAAACAGCCAUAAUGUGCUUUAAGUGUCUAAGGAAAAAUUUGGCCAAGGCUCUGGGCCAGUGUGUCUGUUGUUAUUUUAGAUUUAUUCAAUUAGAGUCACAAGCAAAGUAAAUUGAGCUGUGUUGUUGAUUUGAAUAUUACCUUGGAAGAGAGUGUAAAGAGAUUAACAAACCCUAAGGGAUGGGGGACAAGUGCCAAGCUCCUCCUCUGUCCCCACACGCAGUCAGGCCAGGUUUUACAGAUUCAUUUAGGAAUGACGAAAAUACAUGCAGAAGAGCAGAUGUGCCUUUUGUUUAGGGCCACAUAGCCAUUUUCUUGCUUCUCCAUCCUCUGAAACUUCCUGUAUGUGUGUGAACUGCUGCAGAAAUGAAGCUGGUGCAUGUGAAGGCUGUCGUUUAAGAAGGUGGCCUGUCCUGAGAACUGGGGGGUUGGAUCCAGUCGAAUCCUGCCUUUGUCUUGGCAAAUGUAUUGUCUGGCACAGCCGGCUGCAUUCAGUUGACCUGGUGCUUUGACAAAUUGGCACGGGUGAAAUAUUAAAAUUAAUUGCAUAGGCCUCGUAUGUUUCUAGACGCUAUAGGAUAAAUAAGCUGUGCAUUUCAACAAAGAACCUUUUCAGCGUUACCAUUUUUAGUGCCAUGUGGCAAUUGGUUGUCUCACACUCCCUUCAAAGAGUGAGGCAUUUUUACAUGAUUUUACUUAGUUUAACGGAGGUAGGGACUAGAGUGAUGCCAGGAAGCCAUCCUGUUUUUAGGACUGAAGGGGCAUUUUUCAAUGUAAGUCUCCUAUGAUUUGGUGGAUUACAAUAAGGAUGAGUUUUCUUAGAAUAAGAAGCUAGAACUAAGACGACAGAGAGGGAACAGCAGGGAGAUGCAAGGUAAAAAUGGCGAGGUUUGCUUGGGGUCACCGUGUGUCCUUAAUUAAGACUUUAAUGACAUUCUUACUCCUGUGGCCUCUCAGAGUGUGUCUAAUGUUGCCCUCACAUCCAGGCUAUAAUAUUCUAUCGAGAAUUAGAUUAGAGAAGAAUAUGUGCAGGCUGUAGUGGUUCUGACUGACCACUGUGGUGUGACCUUGGACAGGUCACUCAGCCUCUUUGAACCUGCUUCCCACCUGUGCAGCGAGGGCAGUGGGAUCACACAGUUUCAUGGUCCACUCCAGCAUUACCAGUCUGUGGUCUGUGUGCCACAGCCUUGGAUUUCACAGCCCCUCGACUUUUGAAAAGAGGAGAGGUUUUUAAAAGAAUGCCUAGUAGGGUGUGUAUUAUGAAUCUGUUUACUAUAACUGUAGUUGGACCUUGGUAUCCAUGGGGGAUUGGUUUCGGGACCCCCAGCAGAUACCAAAAUCCAGGGAUGCUCAAGUCCCUGAUAUAAAAUGGCAUAGUAUUGGCAUAAAACCCACACAUAUCCUCCUGUAUACUUUAAAUCAUCUCUGGAUUAUUUAUAAUACCUAAUACAAUGGAAAUUCUAUGUAAAUAGCUAUUAUACUGUAUUAUUUAGGGAAUAAUGGCAAGAAAAAAGACUGUACAUGUUUAGUGUGGACCAAACCAUCCUUUUUUUAUUUUCCAAAUAUUUUUGAUCCAUAGUUGGUUGAAUCCAUGAAUAUGGAACCCAUGGAUAUGGAGGACUAACUAUAUUUUGUUUUUCCUAGCUCCUUGUAAAGAGUUUCAUCAGAGAGUGUCUAGUGAGGUGGGAUGAACCCCUCCACGUCCCCUUUGCUGAUUAUCAGCUAUGACAAGCUCCUAGUUUAGAACUUAGGAACAGAAGAAUGAAAACAAUGGCCCAAAUGCGUUUUUGGUUUUGUUGAUUUGUUGUGUUCCUCACCAACGGUCAAGGUAGAAUUGUCUGCUGUUACUUACUACUCUUGUCAGGAAGGGACUUCACCUUCAUCCCAUCUCAUAUAAUGAGUCUGACUCUAGGCCUAUCUGCCUUUUCCUGCCUCCUCCCACUUUCCCACCUCUCUUCCUGGAGGAACUAAUGUCUCAUUCCUCUCUGUCCCCUUGGUGUAGUUUGGUACAUAGCAGAUAAUCAAAAUAUAUUUGUUGAAUGCAUUGGUCCAAAGUUUAGGGCUGAGAAGAUGAGAAGGAAAACAUAGAACCAAAACUAGAAUUUAAUGUCAUCAACCAUGUCCUCAAAACAAAAUAGAAACUAACAUUAUGAGCUAGGAAAGGUAGAGCAUGUUCACGUUUACCAGCCUGAGCCUGGAAGGCAUGUUUCCUGCCUACGUAUUGACUAGAGUUAGCUAAAAAGCUUUGGUAAUUGAUUGAUCACUUAUGAUUUCUGUAUCAAAAUGGAAAAUAUAUGACUUAUUCUAUCAGACUCACCCAAAUCACUGCCUUCUUUGUUCAAAAGGUAAGAGAAGCUUAUCUUUUGUAUGUCAAGCAUCACACCUUGAAAUUAACAGAGCAAAACAGGUCCAAAAUAAAACCUGGUGAUGGGGAAAGGACUGACAAAUGCAGGUGAAAUGCUAACAUGUGCUUUAACUUCCACAGAAUCAUCAGUGCAUGACACCACACACCCAGUGACCCAAACCACUUUCUAAAUCCUCCUCCUUCUUUCAUCUCCUGUAAUUAGCACGUAACCCAAUGGUUAAGAAUGUAGAAUCUGAAGCCAUACUGCCAUGGUUUGAAUCACACCUCUGUAUUCACUCACCAUUAUUUUAAUUUAUUUGUGCCUCACUUUCCCGAUCUGUAGAAUGGAGGUAAUAAUAUUGUCUACUACAUUCCGGUUAUCAUGAAAAUUAAAUAAAUUAAAUACAUGAAGCACCAGGCACACUGCCUCUGCCUCUGCCUCAAUGACAGUUAUGUUUCUUAUUGUAAACAAAUACACUUUUGAAUAUACUUUUGUUUGGUUUGUACGUAGUCUGCAAGACCUAAGAUAAUUCCAGAGAAUCUCCCUUCAGUGAAGUCACAUACUCCAAAUGGGAGUAAAUUCUUCAUGUUGAACACAAUAACCUCAUGGCCUUUAGCAGCCAGCCAGCCUCCUUUGCCAAUUUGCCAACAUCGACGCCUCUUCAAACUUUAGAAAAAGGGCUGGCUUCUUGCAUGGAGCCCUCACUCCCUGCUGUCACUUGCUGGCAAGAACACAGGGUCCCCAGGUGGGUGCUUAUGCCUGUAAUCCCAGCACUUUGGGAUGCUGAAGCGGGUGGAUCACAAAGUCAGCAGUUUGAGACCAGCCUGACCAACACGGUGAAACCCCCUCUUCACUGAAAUUACAAAAAUUAGCUGAGUGUGGUGGCAGGUGCCUGUAAUCCCAGCUACUCAGGAGGCUGAGGCAGGAAAAUCGCUUGAACCCGAGAGGCGGAGGUUGUAGUGAGCCGAGACUGCACCACUGUACUCCAGCCUGGGCGACAAAGUGAGACUCGGCCUCAAAAAAAAAAAAAAAAGAAUAUAGGUUCCCCUCAUAUCUCCAUGUCAUCUGUGACCCCAUCAACUCCCCUCGGUCAGCUUGUUUCUGUCCCCAACUAGGGUGCUGUAUGUCAGGGUUUUCUAUGUCCUGAAUGGGACUCAAAGGUGGCCUCCUUCUCCCUGCACUCAGGAUCCAUUCCCUAUAGGACAGAGGGAGGAAACCAGGGUGUUUGGACCCACGGUCACUAGGUGAGUGUCCUUCCUGAGUUCCUAUUUUAUGAGCCUCAGAGCUCCUUCCCUUCCUUUCUGAUGCUUUGUUUUUUCCUUCUUUUAAUCUCUUCUUUUCUCACUCUUUCCAUCUGCCUUUCAUAGGAUUCAAAUCCAAAGGCUGGAUUUUUGGGUUACCCUACUCUCUUUAUUUAAAGUGUUUCAUUCAAUUCCACUAUUAUUUUUAUAGUAAUUUCAAGUUAUAUAAAAAUAUUAUGUAUUAGCAUGUUUAGUGCCUGUCUCCCGUAACUAGCAAACACCCUUUGUGGAGGCAAGGAUUUUGUCUCCAUUGCUCAUGCUCCGUCCCCAGGACUCAGACAAUGCCUGGCACUUAGUAGGCGCUCAGUAAAUAGUUGUUGAAUGAAUAAAUGCAGUAUAAAACAACAUUGUCAUGUAUGUUUAUAAUGUCUGUGGGUCAAUAGUUAAGGUUGGGAUUUAGGAGCUCCUCAUUAUUCUGUAAAAAGUCACCAAAGCACACUGUGCUGUAAUUUGUUAGGGGUUAAUUUUCAAAAUUAUAAUGGUGCUUGGUAGAUCUCCUUGAAUUAAUGAGUCUUGCUGAAUUAUGGCUGAUGUGAAAAGGUAUAUAGUUAGCAUCUGUUUGUUCUGUGCAUAUAUCUCUCUUCCAUGCUGUACAUAUAUUUUAAGGAACAUUUCUUUGGGUGCUGUGUUUUUUUCUAUUUAUGUCUUCACCAUAAAAAUAUAAAUAGAUCAUUUAUCUCCGGUAUCCUUAAAGUAGCUUGCAUCACUUCACUCUUUUAAACUUUUACAUAACCAAAGUUUCUGUCCCCAGUACACAUUGUUUGGAGGAUUUGAGUGGUUGGGAGCAACCCUGGAACCUUGAGGCCAGCUUCUGGUGACCCUCAAUGUUUACAUGCAGGGCCAGGAGCUGAGGGUGCAGGCUGCUGGGGGCUUCACUCCCAGGAACACCAUGCAAGAUACCUGUGUUGUUCGCCCUACCUGGCACCAAAUCAGAUAUUAUGCUUAAUGCUUAAUAUACAAUAUCUCAUUUAAACUGAUGGCAGCUCAACAAAGUGAAUACCGUAGCUAUUACCAUUUUAUAGAUGAGAAAACCCAGGCUUAGAGAACUGAGUGACUUGUCCUCAGUCCAUACAAGUAGAAAAGUGACAAAGCUGGGGUUGAACCCCCUGCCCAUGUGAUUCUAGACUCUGUAUCUUAUCUACUGGGCUGUGUAGUGGAUAAGACUGAUGGAGACCCACAGGCCAAGUGUGGCAGAUGUAGUCUAGGAUUGCUCAUGAGCUGAAACCAGUCACUGUUGGUGGGUGAGGCCUGAAAGUAUCCCUCUCAUUGCCUUUUUCAUGAUAAGACCCCAGACUUUUUCUGAGAAUGGGUUUCUUAGAUUUCCUACUAGUACUUGGAUCAUUGGGAAAGGUGACAGUUGGCAGUCAUAUUAUAGGGCAAGCAAGGGAAAGGGCCCCAGUGCUGGACCCGUUCCCUUUCCUGUUAGGAGCCCUUUCAAACCGAGGUCACAGGACUGAGCCUGGGGUUUUGAAAGAAUUUAUGGAGCAAAAGUGCAGGGGCUUCGGGAGGGGAGCAUGGAAUGCGGUGUGGUACCAGCAAAAGGCUGAGAGAUGUCACAUGAAUCUUCAAUGUCGAAUGGUAGUUAUCCUGGUACUAAUGUCAGACUGGAACACAUUUCUAAUAAACAGUUCCUACUGGAAGAGGCCCCGUGUUUCCCUGGAGAGGGAGUAUGCUGCAAGGGAAAGGGUUGGAGUUUAGGAUGAAGCUGACCUGAUCCUGAGUUCACUUUCUGACUGUAUUUCUUACUGGUUAUACAAGCUUCCACCAAGUAUUUACCCUCUCCUGGUACCUCAGCUACUCUGCCAGUAAGAUGCAGGGUUAAUAGACUUUUAAUUGAAGCUGGUAGAUUGAACAUAGCUUUAACCUCAGUUGCCUCUCAAUACGGUAACAGUAAAGAGUUGGGUGCUUUUCCCUUCGGCAUAGAGUAAUUAGGGACUAAGUGAAGGUGAGAGGAGACAUCAGCAACGUAAUUUUAGAAGCUGAAAAGCAGAUGGAGAAGGGGAGUAGUUAGGUUUCAGUAGACCCAAGAGAGCUGAAAUCCAAGUUGGCAGGGGAACAGUCAAGAGGUAAUCCAACUACAAACCCCUGGAAGAUUCAGGAAUUCGUAGUACCCACUUCCUCUUGAAGUAGGGCUGACACAGGACUGUCUAGUGAAAAUGUGUUUGAGGAGCAGAACCCUCAGUGUUCUCCUCACUUAUGUGUAGCAUGAGGACCACUCUGCCAAUCACCAACAAGUCUUCAUCUUGGUAGAAGUCUGGAGAUUUACUCUCGGGGGAGGAUGAAAGCAAGGUGUUUCCACCAAAAUGAGAAAUAAGCUAAGACAAGAUCCAUGAAAUAAGAGUUGCAACACAAAAGCAAGACAAGAACCAUCCCAAAGCCUCUGCUGUGCCGUGGUCAUCAGAGGGGAUCUGUUCAGACUGCAGCAGAUCUGAAGGCUCCAGGGAUGCUUCAAGAGGAUUAAGUAAUUGCAAACCUAAUAACAACCAUGGCCUCUUAUACUAAUUGAGUGUUCAUUGUGUGUUAGGCACAGUUUUAAGUAUAUCUAUAUUAAUAGUUAAAUCCUGAUAGUAGCCCUA